AUGUUCGGCGCGUGUGUGACCCGCAUCCCGUCCAUCGGCGAACUGCACCUGCGUGGCGACAUGCGCAGCCUCUCCGUCGUGGCCGCGGCGACGGUGUGCUCGUUCCUGCCGCUCUCAGCCUCGCACAUGAUCUCAUUGAUGAUCGGCGUGGCGCUGUUCAUGUUGGCGCAGGCCUUGCAGCCCAGCGUGGACCGCGCUCCCAAGCUUGCGCCGAAGCCUGGCCGACUGGAAGCCCAGAGGACGCCCAAGGGAAAGCCCGACGGCAGCCCCAAGUCUCAGCUGCGCAAGCCCAACGGACGGCAGCGCCACCAGGACCCCCCGAAGGCGGCGGACAAGGCGGACCCGCCGCAGAAGGUCGAGGUCUGGAAGCCCAGCGUCGCGCCAGUGCAGGCCCCCACGUUCAGCGGCCAGGGCUGGGAGGCCGAGAGCGAGGAGCUGCUCCUGCAGAUGACGCCGACCGCCGAAACGAACGAGGCCGUGGCCGAGAUCGCGCUGGCCGUGAAGAGGGUGGUGGCCCCCCUGCUGCCUGGAGCUGAGGUCACGGGCUUCGUCGGCGCCAGCCUCUCCAGCGGCAAGGCCUUUGGCGUGGCGGUGCCGGAGGUCGACAUCGUCAUCAGCGCCACGCCGGAGUCCAUGGCCGCGCGCGCCGGCAGCCGCUCGCCGGGGAAGCAGGGCGGCGGCGAGAAGACCCCGCUGCAGCUCCGCAAGUCCACGGUGAGAGCGUGCACGGACCGCUUGGUGUCGGAGGCGGGCUUCAGGUUCCGGCGCUCGGCGUUCCGCGGCGAGGAGCCCAAGGUGGUUGUCAUCUCGCCGCAGACGCUCCACUCCGUGCCCAUGAGCCUCUCCGUGAACACGGUCACCCCCGUGUACACUGCCGCCCUGCUCGCCGAGUGCGUGCGCCUGGAGCCGCGCACGCAGGGCGUCGUGCUGCUCGUCAAGCGCUGGGCCAAGGACCGCGGCCUCUGCCACGUCGCUCGGGGCCACUUCUCGCUGUACGCGUGGACGCUGCUCUCCGUGUACUUCCUCCAGGCUGGCGAGGAGGGCCUGCUGCCACCGCUGCGGACCGAGAGGACCUCGACGGGUCUGGCGGUUCACGGUCAGGCGCCUACAGAGCGGGGCCCCCCGCGCGGCGACGCGACCGUGGGCGAUUUGUUGAGGGCCUUCUUCCGCUUCUACGGCAGCCAGUUCGACUGGCGCACGGAGGCCGUGUCCGUGCGCGCCGGCAGGCGCGGGGCCCCGGACGCCAGGCUACCACUCCACAUCAUCUGCGACGAGGAGGGGCAGGCGCCACUGGCGGGACCGAGCGUCGAGGACCCGUUCGACGUCAACGUCAACUUGGGCACGUGCAUGACGUCGGCCAGUUUGCAGCACCUGCGCCAGGAGUUCGAGCGCGCGGAGCGCAUCUGCGCCGGGGGCGCCUCGCUCGCGGAGCUGCUGCAGCCCUGGGCCCCGCAGGCCGAGGGCGGCGCCGAGGGCGCCGCCUCCGCGGAGUGA